UACUGGGCGUGUCUCUAAACGGCACAAGCAGGAAACAUGGCGUCGUUGGCAGGUCGACUCUCUCGGGCUUAUUUCAUUCGAAAUACAGCAACACUGAGCCGCAACACCGGCCCAAAAUCAGUAAACGCGACUUUCAGCCGAACCGCCGUGUCAACCGCAUCGGGGGCUGUCCUUCCUAAACCAGUAAAGGUCCCGCUCGGUCUGACCCGCAUGACUAUAGUGGUGGUUCCGUUCCUGUAUGUCGGUAAUCUGAUCAGUAAACAUUUCGCUGCUCUUCUGGAGGAGCAUGAGAUCUUCGUCCCAGAUGAUGACGAUGAUGACGACUGAGCGCAGUGCAUGUUUCACUCCAGCAGUCUGAAGGUCUUCUCUGAGGGGCCUGAUGCAGUACAGGAUAUAUUUAUGCAAUAAUAAAGAUUGUCAACACAUUUUUGUGUUUUCAUUACACUAACCAUGAACGCAAAACCAAAAAAACAAACAAAACCAAACCAAGUCUAAUGCUGUUUUUAUCUUUUCAAAGACAGUAUGUCUUGAGGCAGCCCUCAGCAGUUGCCUCUCUUCUGUUUAAUAAAGUUCAUGAAUGUCAGUC